AGUGGCUGCUGCAGCAUGGGCUGGCUCAGGGGGAUUGCCUUGCUUUCCUUGGGAGUAUUACUAGCAGGAAGAGUGAACUGCCAGCAUGUGAAGAAUAACGUGCCGAGGCUCAAAUUAUCCUAUAAAGAAAUGUUGGAAUCCAACAAUAUAAUCAAUUUCAAUGGACUAGCUAAUAGCUCCAGUUACCAUACUUUCCUCUUGGAUGAAGAACGGAGUCGGCUGUACGUUGGAGCAAAGGAUCACUUAUUUUCUUUCAACCUGGUUAACAUCAAGGAAUAUCAAAAGAUUGUUUGGCCUGUAUCUCAUUCCCGAAGGGAUGAGUGCAAGUGGGCUGGAAAAGAUAUUCUGAGAGAAUGUGCUAAUUUCAUCAAGGUGCUUAAGGCUUACAACCAAACCCACUUGUACGCCUGUGGAACAGGGGCUUUUCAUCCAGUCUGCACCUAUAUUGAAGUUGGAAGCCAUCCUGAGGACAACAUUUUUAGAAUGGAAGAUUCACAUUUUGAAAAUGGCCGAGGGAAAAGCCCUUAUGAUCCUAAACUGCUGACAGCUUCUCUUUUAGUCGAUGGAGAGCUGUACUCUGGCACAGCGGCAGACUUCAUGGGCAGGGACUUUGCCAUUUUCCGAACUCUUGGGCAUCAUCAUCCAAUCAGAACGGAGCAGCAUGACUCCCGGUGGCUAAAUGAUCCUAGAUUUGUUAGUGCUCACCUGAUACCAGAGAGCGACAAUCCAGAAGAUGACAAAAUUUAUUUCUUCUUCCGUGAAAAUGCAAUUGAUGGAGAGCAUACUGGAAAAGCCACUCAUGCCAGAAUAGGGCAGAUCUGUAAGAAUGACUUUGGUGGGCACAGGAGCCUUGUUAACAAGUGGACAACAUUUCUCAAAGCACGUCUGAUUUGUUCUGUGCCAGGACCCAAUGGCAUUGACACACACUUUGAUGAGCUACAGGAUGUGUUCCUAAUGAACUCAAAAGACCCUAAAAAUCCAAUAGUCUAUGGAGUGUUUACAACUUCCAGUAAUAUCUUCAAGGGGUCAGCAGUGUGUAUGUACAGCAUGACUGAUGUGAGGAGGGUAUUUCUUGGUCCCUAUGCCCACCGAGACGGCCCAAACUACCAGUGGGUUCCCUACCAAGGGCGAGUGCCAUAUCCACGGCCAGGAACUUGUCCCAGUAAAACAUUUGGAGGCUUUGAUUCCACCAAGGACCUUCCUGAUGAAGUUAUAACAUUUGCAAGAAGUCAUCCAGCCAUGUACAACCCGGUAUUCCCCAUCAACAACCGUCCAAUCAUGAUCAAAACAGACGUAGAUUACCAGUUCACACAAAUAGUUGUAGAUCGAGUAGAUGCAGAAGAUGGCCAAUAUGAUGUGAUGUUCAUCGGCACAGAUAUUGGAACAGUUCUUAAAGUGGUUUCAAUUCCUAAGGAGACUUGGCAUGAAUUAGAGGAAGUCUUGCUGGAAGAAAUGACAGUCUUUCGGGAACCCACUGUUAUUUCAGCAAUGAAGAUUUCCACAAAACAGCAACAGCUCUACAUUGGCUCAGCCACUGGAGUUUCACAGCUUCCUUUACACCGCUGUGAUGUGUAUGGAAAAGCAUGUGCUGAGUGUUGCCUUGCGAGAGACCCUUACUGUGCCUGGGAUGGUUCAUCUUGCUCACGUUACUUCCCCACUGCUAAGAGACGUACCAGACGACAAGACAUCCGAAAUGGAGACCCGCUUACCCACUGCUCAGACCUGCAGCAUCAUGAUAACCCAAGUGGUCAGACCCUGGAGGAAAAGAUUAUCUAUGGAGUAGAGAAUAGCAGCACUUUUCUUGAGUGCAGUCCAAAAUCUCAGCGUGCCGCAGUGUACUGGCAAUUCCAGAAACAAAAUGAUGACCGCAAAGAAGAGAUAAAAGUGGAUGAUCACGUGAUCCGGACGGAACAGGGCCUAUUGCUAAGAAGUCUUCAACGGAGAGACUCUGGCAUUUAUUUUUGUCAUGCUGUGGAGCAUGGCUUCAUGCAAACUUUGCUCAAAGUGACCCUGGAAGUAAUUGAUACAGACCACCUGGAAGAGCUGCUCCAUAAAGAAGAAGAUGUUGAUGCCUCCAAGAUUAAGGAUGCUACCAAUAGCAUGACCCCCAGUCAAAAGAUCUGGUAUAGAGACUUCAUGCAGUUGAUCAACCACCCCAAUCUCAACACAAUGGAUGAGUUCUGUGAGCAAGUUUGGAAAAGAGACCGCAAACAACGCCGGCAAAGGCCUGCCAAUGCGCAGGUGAAUACAAAUAAGUGGAAGCACCUACAAGAGAAUAAAAAAGGUAGGAACAGGAGGACCCAUGAAUUUGAGAGGGCACCACGGAGUGUCUGAGCUACAUUACCUCUAGGAACCUCA